GGUAUUAUAGAAAAAUCGAAAGUCAAAGGAAUUCCUAUCAUUAUUGAUGCUGAUGGACUGUGGCUCAUUUCCCAGCAGCCUUCUCUUAUUCAAGGCUACCAGCGCGCUAUUCUUACUCCAAACUACAUGGAGUUUAGUAGACUGUAUGAAGCCAUGCUUAGAGACCCCGUAGACAGUAGUGAUCAUCAUGGAUGUGUGUUAAGACUCAGCCAAGCCAUGGGGAAUUUGACAGUUGUUCAAAAGGGAGAAAGAGAUCUUAUUUCAGAUGGAGAAAAAGUACUUGUAUGCAGUCACGAAGGAAGCAGCCGGAGAUGUGGUGGACAGGGGGACCUCCUUUCUGGUUCUCUUGGAGUCUUAGCACACUGGGCGUUUCUUGCUGGAGCAGAAAAAACAAAUGGUCAAAAUCCCUUUCUAGUGGCUGCGUUUGGAGCUUGCUCUCUCACGAGGCAGUCUAACCACCAAGCCUUUCAAAAAUUUGGACGUUCAAUGACUGCCUCUGACAUGGUUUCAGAAGUUGGAACAGCUUUUAGCAAACUUUUUGAAACCUGAAGCCAAAGCAGCAGAGAAGAAGAAAAGGAAGGACUGCAAGAGUAAUUACAUUUACCGUAGAAUUUACAUAAGUAAUGCACCCUUUCAAGUGCUGUAGCAGCAUUGGUAUGCUAGGUAGAUUUUUUUUUUUUUUUUAAUUUUUAAGAAUAGAAAAAUAUGAUUAAUGUAGAUAUUUUUUAAGAGUUUGGAAUACAAAAAUGUUUUGGCUGAAAUAAGCUGUAGUUGCAGAUCUGUUAUAAUAUAAUAAAACUAAACUGAAAGUAUUCCUCUGUUCUUUUUGAUAGUUAUUGAGCAAUAACUAAAGUGUGAACAGCAAAAAAAAAAAAAAAUGCACUUGAUACUU